CUAAUUCUUUGGGGCAGCAAAGGCAAUGAGAAGCAGAAAUUCGCAGUGGAUGUCAUGGAUUAUAUACUACAUCCACAAUACCAAAAUAGAGUGACACUUGCCACCAUUGCACUUCUGGACUUAGUCGGGUGGAGUGAAUCACAGAUGAACGACUGGAAAGCCCCAGUGUUACCUAUUUGCUUGCCUGUGAAAGGAGGUGGACUUUUCACUGAUAUGUACGCAAUAAAAUUUACAGAUACAACGAAGGAAAUGCAGAAAGAGGUAUAUAAAAUGAAAUUUGUGGACGAUCAAGACUGUGAAGAGUUUUAUUAUAAAGCUCAGUUAUCAUUUGGAAAGACGAACCCGGUGAAUCCGUUGUGUGCUGUGGCUGUGUCAGGGAAUGUUACAAUGCCAUGUGUAUGGGACGCAGGUACCGUACUCGUUACCAGACAGUCUUGGGGAUUUUGGAAACUGCUUGGUUUCGCCGUCAAAAGCCCCGGUUGUAAAGCUCCGACCAGGUUCCUAAACAUUCACGACUACUUACCCUGGAUUAAUGAUAUCAUCACUCGGAAACCCUAUGAAGAUUAUGAGGACGUAUACAAGUUAGCUAUGCGUAGACUAUCUCCAUACAAAUUCAUUUUGUUUAAAGGCGAUGCCAAAAUACCAAAAAGUAUGGGCCAAUGUUCAAGGAAAACUCGAGGUGGUGUCCUUUACAAAGACAGUUCUGAAUUUAACACUAACAGUAAUCUUGCGCAAGGAUUUUUCCAUGUCGUGGUUAGUCAGAUAGCUAGUUUUAGGUGUGUCGAAGUCUCCCUGGAUUGUAAAAUGAGAACAAAUGCUGCUAUUUGGUUGGAACACAACUGCCACCCUGACAUGAUGGGACUUGCUUACAAUCAGAGCAGAGGUGGAGACAGAGAAAGAUUGCUAUGCUUCGUUUACUUCAAGACAUCUGCGUUUGUCGAAGUUCGAUUUAUUUUUUCGUUUUCAGCAAUGAUUGAAGUUACUCUAUUCGGUAACGAGGAAUCACCGAGAUUUAUUCCAAAUCCUUUCAAGUCAUCACAACAUACUACAGCUUGGUGGCCGACUGAUAGACUGCUAAUAAUGUCGCAUUGGACCCCAACAAAUACAUGGUGGUAUGGUUUAUAA